AUGAAGCUCCUCAACUCUCUCGUCCUUUGCUCGGCUCUUUCCGUCCAGAACGUCUUGGCGGCAAGCUGCAGCCACGGGAAGCUCUUUGUCUCUGAUGACAACAACACCAACAUCUAUGUUUUUGAUGUCUCGACUGGUGCGCUGGAAGACCUGACCCCCGAGUACACCAUUACGGAUGCUCCUGGCAAGGCAGGACUCAACAUGAAGGCCACGAGCUCCUUCACGGAAAUCGGCGUCAUGUUCCGCGGUUCCGAAGAGCUCGGAUAUACCGAUGGAGUGGUAUCCUUCUUGGAUACAGGUGCUCGCACGGAAAUGCACGGAGACCACUAUGAUCUAACCUGGGAAACUCCAUCGUUCAUUGAGAACGCUGGCUUUGAAUGUGCCCGUGUUAUCCACUAUACUCCUCACGAUGAUCGCAUUGCUCUCUUUUGUGAUGGAACGUAUGGAGACGAAGAAGCUGGAAUCGAACCGGUCAACUCUACCAUUUGGAUUGUCGAUGAAACCAAGUUCGGGUCCACCACGGAAAGUGCUGUCAUUUACACCAAGACACUCCAGGGAUCUCACCACGGAGCGGCGGCUCCGGUGGACGAUGGUCACAUUAUGUAUUCUCUGGCAACCCCGGACCGUAUCAACCGCACUCCAGGAGUGGGUGUCACUCAAGCCCUUCCAGAUACCUUUGUGGUUGAAGAUUACGAGGGAAAUCUCUUGCAUUCGAUUGACGAUACUUCCAAUCCCGAUACGUCUUGCGUGGGGUUCCAUGGGGAGUGGGCUCAUGACAAUCAGUUCGCCUUGGCCUGUAACGCGGACCACGGGGGUAUCCUCCGUGUCGACUAUGACGAAACUGCUGGCACGUACACCUCCAGAGCUCUCUCGUAUCCGGCUGCCCACAAUGAGAGUCGCACUGGAUCUUUCACAGGGCACGAUAAUGCGCAUCACGUGGUCGGAAACUUUGCCGGACCGGAAGCCUUCUUCCUCAUGGCCUUUGAACCUGACGACAUGGAGCUGACUGAGAAUCAGCUCUUGCCCUUGCCGGCCCGUCAGUGCGCUUUUGCGUAUGAGAAGGGCGCGGCCGAGACCGUCUUGGUGUUCCUUCCUACUGGAUCCUUCCAUGUGUUCCAAUACCAUGACAGCGCUUGGGAGCAAAAGGCAGAAGUCCAGGUGGUGACCAACAUGACGGAAUGCUCCGAAGUCCUCUUUGUGCCGGGAGUUGGUCAGGCGUUUGUCUUUGAAAAGAAUAAUCAGCCCUUUGAUGCGGCUGUGGCGGGGGCACCGGAAGAAGUCAUCUGCGGCCGUAAAGUCGAGCAGCACACUGAAGAAGGAGGCGAGGACCAUAAUCAUGAGCACGAAGGAGACGAGGCAAAGGACGAUGGAGACACGGAUGUUACAGCUAGUGAAGCGAACGAAGUUUCGGGAGCCCGUGGAGUUGUGCUCUUUUAUCAGAUCCUCUUGGCCGUGUCGGCGCUCAUGACUGUUCUCUAA